AAUCCUCAUACAGCAUCACAGAAAAUUAAUGCUAUCUCAUGAGGGUACAUUUCUACCGUUGGUUAUUCCAGCAACAAUAUUCCAAGCAGGCCUUUGGUCAAUCUGGUUAACUGUUGUAUGUUGCCUAAAGAUGUUUCAAGCUUUGGCUAGAGAUCGACUUGAGCGUUUGAAUGCAUCCCCAUCUGCUACACCAUGGGCAUAUUUUCGUGUAUUUUCAGUGUUAUUGUUGGUUCUCUCUGUUGACGUAUUCUGGAUAAGGCUAUGUCUCAUGAUGCAUAGAACACUUGGUUCAUCUUUGUGUCUCCUGCUACUCUUUGAGCCUUUCAGUAUUGCUUUUGAGACAAUGCAGGCUAUUCUGGUUCAUGGGUUUCAGCUGCUUGAUAUUUGGAUCCACCAUUCAGGAAUUAACAACAGAAGUUGCCAUAGAUCAAAGAUUUUUGAUUUGUCAGCAGCAGGUUCAGUUGGUGAAUGGAAAGGCAUUCUCAUUCGGAAUUUGGGUUUCAUUUUGGACAUGGCAACCCUGUUAAUGGCACUUGGCCACUACUUGCAUAUUUGGUGGCUUCAUGGCAUGGCAUUCCAUCUCAUUGAUGCAGUUCUUUUCCUGAAUAUUCGUGUAAAUAUUUGUGCUUUGUUAAGUGCAAUAGUGAAGCGUAUAAAGGGUUUUAUCAAAUUGAGAAGGGCUUUAGGCACCCUUCAUGCAGCACUUCCUGAUGCAACGUUUGAAGAGAUACAGGCUUAUGAUGAUGAGUGUGCUAUAUGUCGGGAACCCAUGGCCAAGGCUAAAAAGCUCCAUUGCAACCACCUGUUCCAUCUUGCAUGCUUGAGAUCUUGGUUGGAUCAAGGUUUAAAUGAAGUUUAUUCAUGUCCAACAUGUCGAAAGCCACUUUUUCUGGGCAGACCUGAAAAUGAAACAAACAUUCACACUGGAGAAGUGUUAAGUGAUGAGCAGCUCGCUCGUCAAAUGGCGUUGGGAUUUGAUCAGCAAAAUGCUUCUGGUCAUACCCUACCUGCUGGAGUAUUCUCAAAUCAGAUGCAGAAUCCAGUAGAAGGCAGUCCUUGGAGGAGUGCAGGAUUGGAAUCAAGUUGGUUGCAUUCUUGGCCAAACCAAGGGGUUGAUGGAGCUGGUCCUUCAACUGCUAUCAGAUCAGUUGGGUUAGGGAGAGUUCAGAUGAUGAUGAGGCAUCUUGCAUCUGUUGGAGAAACUUAUGCACAGACUGCUCUUGAAGAUACGGCUUGGGGCCUGUGGCCAAUGAAUCAAUCUCAGGCUGCACCAUCUGGUUCAUCAAUUCCUCCAGCUGCUGGUGGAAGAUAUCCUGGAAAUGUUGGUUUACAUAUGAGGACCGCCUCGCGGAUGACAAAUGACAAUGUGGCAAACAUACUUGCUAUGGCUGAGACUGUAAGAGAGGUUUUGCCACACAUCCCAGAUGAGAUAAUUUUUGAGGAUUUGCAGCGGACAAAUUCAGUUGCUGUGACUGUGAAUAAUCUUCUGCAAAUGUGAGGAUGUUUUCUGUUUUUCUUUCAUCACAUGCAUCCAGUACAAGAAGAAGAUCCUUGGUAUUCUACUUACAUAGAAUUUCAAGGUAAUGCUGAAAGCAGAGGUUAUUGGAUUACAACAGAGACAGGUCCUUUCUUUUUAAGUGUUUUUGUUUCUUCAACUAUCCCAGAAUGUUCAUUCUGUAUAUAAAGGAAGCUGGCCAAAUCACAAUCUCGCAUGUAAGAAAGAAAAAAUUCCAAAGGCAGUUACUGUUUCUUGUUUUCCUUUAAUAAUAAAGUUGCCAACUAGCCAAAUAUGCAUAUUCUGGUUGAUCUUGCACCCUCACUUGAGAGUUGCUGCAUCAGAUGAGCUUACAGAUCUAUCGUGGUUGCCCUAACAUGGUCUCACCAGUGCGUAAUUAAGUAAUUAACAAUAAGUGAGUAUAUCUAGUCAUAAUAUGCUUUUUGGAGCACCUCAGGGAUGGACGAGUUGUGAAAUCAGUCGGUAUUUGUAUAUCAAAACUGUGUUUUUUGGUUGUAUGGUUUAAAGUUUAUUAGAUUGUACAAUUUAAACCAUUGAAUUAAGGGAUAGCUCCAAAUAUCAAGGAGUUUGUCCAAUGGUUCCUAUCUAGCAAUUUGGAUGGUAAAACAUAAAACUUUGUUAUUUCA